AGCAGUUUUACAUGAUCUCACAAACCAAUUAAGAGCUCUAAUUAUAUCAGCUGUAUUGUGGAUAUAAAGGACAUGCACGGAGCAAUUAAAUUCAUCACAUUCGUAGAUCAAGAUAUUUCUUUUUUCGAAAGUUUAAUAUAUAGAUGCAUUUUAAGGGCAGAAGCUUAGCAUGCACUAGCACUAUCAAGGGCUUAUUAAUUCGGAGGUUCCACUGAUUGUGUGGAGGAGUUUUGUGUGUUUCCUUUUAGCCCACGCUCAUUAGCUAGAGGUUAGCUUCCUUAUACCAUUAAUUAUGCAGCCAUAUAAAUGCAUUAUAGACUAUAAGUAGAUCAUCUUUCAGUAAUUUACCUCUGUAAAUCUGGCUACAAUCUAUAAUAGUAUAUCUCUAUGUACCAUGAAUCAAGCUAGACCUAUUGCAGCAGUUGUGCUUUUAACCCUUCAUCUCAGCAGUAUUAGAGCAGAGUUACCAAGCUCCUGUCUUACUGCAAUCACUUCAUCCAACUCUGUGGAUUGCUGUCGAAUGCAACCAUUCCUGGAGAUUUCAUUCACCUUGAACUUUGAAUGUAAUGUAUCUCAAUACCUUGACCAAGGAAUAAGGCUUGAAAUACGCCGGUCAGCUGGGAACUCUAAUUGGCAGCCAGUUCGAUUUUAUGCAGUGAAUACAAACGAGACUGCUGGGUCAGUUGUGAGACGUAUCGAAAAUAACAUGGUUGUUGCAGAUGCCUUGCUAUACUCUAGCAAUUUUCCUUUAGAAGUGAUAGCGGGUAAUCAGUCUGUGUCCAUUCGGGAAUAUAUUUGUGAUUCAGCAUUUACUGAGGAGAAUGUGAGUGUGAGGUGGCUGCAGAGAUACAGUGAGGUUCCUGUUGUAGAAGAAGCAGCAUGGUCACUGGACGAUGUAGUACUUACUGUGUGGAAUGGUGACUGUCGGCGUGAGGUCCUUAGAAACAGUUUCAAUCAAAAUAAUCUGUCUGCAGUUUAUGAUGUUCAUGCUGGUAUUGUAGAAAUACCAACAUGUGAUGUAACUGGAAAUAGCCAGCUCUAUUUCAGUGUAAUCGAAGAACACCCAACUACUUCACGACGAUCACUAACUCUUUUAGAUGUCUAUGUUAUGGGCGAGUGUCCAAGUGUUGACUUAGUUACUGGUGUGUGUGAUACCAGUGGUUGUGAUGUGGAUACUACUGUUUGCUCCUUGGGCAGUAUCAAUUGCACUGGCUGCAAUAUUGGGUAUCAGUUACUUGCCAAAACCACAAUAGGGGCAUGCCAUGGUGUUGUAUUGGAUCCAGUUUUUGAUCGAAAUGUUACUGAGGACAACUAUGCGGACAUAGCGGCUGAGAUAUCUUCGUUUUCCACAGAUUCUCUUGACAAUGCCACACUUCAAACAACUGAACUUUUGAAGAAUAUUUCGAAAGUGUUCAAUGAUAUAGCAGAGCUUGUCAAGUUACUCCCCUCAUCUAGUGAUAUCCAUCCCUUAGUGGUUGAAAGGAUGGCUUCAACACUGAACUCUCUGAUACAAUGGAAUCACAGAUUACUUGAAGUGGAAUCCACCUCCAUCAUUCUUCAAUCAUACGAGCUUGUUGCUUCUCUCUACGCUCAGCAACGCAACUAUACUCUAAUUUUGGAUGAAGUCACUAUUGUCACUGAAGUGAGGGAAACAAAUGAGUUUAGGAGGACUGGAAGCAUGUUUGAUUUCACAAACAGCACUGACGUCACGUCUACAAUCUCUCUACCCCGUCAAUUGUUCGAUAACAUACCUAGUAGUUGGCCAGCUGUUGGUAUUUUGUAUACACUCUAUGAGAACCCCACCUUAUUUCCUAUACGUAACGAUGACAAUGAAAACUCAAGUACAUUGAGGAGUACUGUUGCCACUCCUGUGCUUGCGGCAACUGUUGGCUCAAGUCUAAACUUUGCGGAAAUUCACCCUCCAAUAGUGAUUACCUUAAUCCCAAAAGAACAAUCUGAAAAUAUCACAAUAAGGGAAGGCUCAGAGAAAUGUGUUUCCUGGGACUUUAGCUCCAACCGCUGGGUAACCGACGGCUGUGUUACUGUCAGAAAUGAGACAACUAAUGUAGUUGAAUGUCAAUGCACUCACCUCACAAACUUCGCUGUUCUUAUUGAUAUUUGUUCGAGAGCUCAAGACUGCGAAAAUGAUCCAUUGGCAGACAUCAUUCUCUCUGCAACUACCUACGCUGGUGUAGUGCUGUCAUGCAUUGGAAUCAUCUUCACUGUUAUCACUCUUGUUGCAUUCAAGGAUCUUCGGUCACGGGACAACACCAAGCACCACAUACAGCUCUGUAUUGCCAUUUUUUGCCUCCUGGUAGUAUUCGUUGCUGGCAUUGAUCAAACUAAACCUUAUGCUGGCUGUGUGGUGGUUUCUGUUCUGAUCCAUUACUUCUCCCUGGUGGCUGUCAUGUGGAUGGGAGCAGAGGCCGUGCUAAUCUUCAAGAAGAUUGUAAUUAUAUUCGGGGAAAUCACCACGUCGUACAUCAUAGUUGUCUCUCUCAUCUGUUGGUUGAUUCCUCUGAUUCCUGUGCUGCUUGUGCUCAUCAUUGACAUGGCUAAUGGAACUGAUACGAAAUCAGAUCUAAUUGUCAACAGAUACGAACAUGGAGUGGAGAGUGUUACUGGGUUCUGUUUCCUGAAAGAUAGUGGUGUGUUUUUUGGAGCAUUUCUUGCACCAAUUCUUAUGGUUUUGCUUUUAAAUGUGGUUAUUUUUAUCUGGGUCACUGUGAUUGUGGUCAGGAGUACGAAAGACAAAUUGAAAAGGACUAAUGAGGACUUAAGCUCACGAGUCGUGAUUAGAAUAAUUAUCAGCCUUCUUGGAAUCACAUCUUUAUUUGGGAUUACCUGGCUGUUUGCUGCAUUGACGAUCACAAUUUCCGGUAACAAUGUGUUGAGAACUAUUGUGCAAGCUCUUUUUGUUGUAUCUGGAACAUUUCAAGGUUUUUUUCUGUUUCUUUUUUUCUGUGUGCUUGAUCAGAAAGCUCGAGGAGCUUGGAGAGAGGCGUUUGUUUCCUGCAUGCAAAUAACUAAGCAGAGCUACAGACGAGACUCAAGUAGCUUGAUUGGCGUAUCUUCAAAGAAGACGGACACUUUUACCUUUGAUCAAAAUUCGAACUAUUCUACCGAUAUGAAGAAGGAAGAUAUGAAGAAUAAUUUUUCUAAGCUCAAAUAUGAUUCUGUGAAUGGUAAUGCUUCGACUGACCUGAAUGAGUAUCACAAAACUAGAGUGAUAAUUACGGUUGUGGAAGAUCAUGGAACUGCAUGAAUAAAUGGAAAUGAAAUUGAUGUUAUGCCUGUGCUCUGUUAGUUAGUAGAUUAGUAUAGACUAUCCCAUUCCCUUAUGAGUUCAAGGCUAUUAUGUGUCAUGUUAUGUUUCUGUUAGA